AUGGCGGGCGGCGGGAUCAAAGUCACGAGCAGCACCAUCCAGAGGCCGUACACCACUCCGCCGCCGUCGCCAGCACGCCACCGUUUCUUUAACGAGCAUGUUCCCCUGAAUAUCUUCGACAGGGUCGCCUUCAACAUCCAUGUGCCCAUCCUGUAUGUCUACCGCCCACUCAUGCCGGAGAACGCCGCCAUGGUGGAGGGCCUGACCAAGGCGCUGUUCUACUUCCCCCACCUCGCCGGGCGGCUGAUCUGCGACGAGCGGGGCUGCCCGAGCAUUCACCUGAAUGACGCCGGCGUCCGAGUCGUCGAGACGCGGCUCCCGUGGACGUUGGAGGAGAAGCUCCCCUUCCUCCCCACUAGCGAGCUCCACCCGGCGACGGAGGGGGUGGAGGAGCUGCUGCAGAUUCAGCUCAACUGGUUCGCCUGCGGCGGCAUCGUGGUGGGCCUCACGGCGCACCACCGGAUCGCUGACGGCCAGUCGAUGAGCAACUUCUUCGCGGCGUGGGCCCGGCUGGUCCGCGGUCACGAGCCUGACCCCCUGCCCUACCACGACCGGCAGGCCGUCUCUGUCCCCAGAAACCCUCCCCGGUGCGAGUUCGACCAUCGGGCCAUCGAGUUCAGAGCAGACGCCGCCGGAGAAUUGGCGGUGGAAGCUCCGGCAGAGACGGCGGCGGCGGCGGAGGCGGUGGAGACGCCGAACGUCGUCGUCCACUACUCCGUCGACUUCUUGUCCAAGCUCAAGGCCAGGUUCGUCUCCGACAACCCCGGCCGGCGGUACAGCACCUUCCAGUGUCUCCUCGCACAUGUCUGGAAGAAGGUGGCCACCGCCCGCGGGCUGGCGGCGGAUGAGAUCACGCAGGUGAGGGUGGCAGUCAACGGCCGGGCGAGGAUGAAGCCCAAGGUGCCCAUGGAGUACUUCGGCAACCUUGUCCUCUGGGCCUACCCCAGGAUGACCGUGGGGGAACUCCUGAACGGGAGCUACGGCAAGGUGGCCGACGUCAUCCACGCGGCGGUCUCCGCCGUCGACGACGGCUACUUCAAAUCGUUCGUUGACUUCGGGGCGCUGGCGGCGGAGGACGAGGGGGCGCUGGAGGAGACGGCGCCGUCGGCGGGGAACUCGCUGUCUCCCAACAUGGAGGUGGACAGCUGGCUGAGCUUCCAGUACCACGAGCUCGACUUCGGCGGCGGGGCCCCCGUUCAGGUCCUCACUUUCCUGCCCAUCGAGGGCCUGGUCAUCCUCUUAGACUCCUCUGAGGAGAAGGGGGCCGUCGAUGUCCAAGUAGCACUUCAUCCCGACAAGGUUAGCAUCUUCAAGGAGAUCGCCCACGCUCUGGACUGA